UAAUGUUGGUAUUGGUAUGGCGAAGCGGUGUAGAAGAGGCCAGGAACAAGGAGAUGGUGAUGUUUGGAGGAUAAAGUUAACCGCAAACUUUUACUUUUGAGUUGAACUCAAAGUUGCCACCAUUUGGUUUUAACUUUAGUUUUGGUUUUAACUUGGUUUUGAAGAGCAAAAUGAGUCAUCUACUGCUUAGGGUCAUGCUGUCUGCAGCUUUUGCCUGCCAAACAAUCACGCAUGGAUCAGGCUGUGAUGGUGUAAUAUGUGGGAAUGCUAAGGCACCUGGAAAGCAGCGUGACCAACACAGCGAACUGCUGAAUCAGUUUAAUGAAAUGAAUGCACCAUCUUCGGCUGGCCAGCACCAGGGCUCUGGGGCCGUGUUACCUUUUAUCGGACUCACUGGAAGUGCUACACAGAGUCGAAACUGCUGUAAAAACGGGGGUACGUGUAUUUUGGGGAGUUUUUGUGCUUGUCCAAAGCACUUUACCGGGCGGAGUUGCGAGUAUGACGAACGUAUCAGAAACUGUGGAGUUAUCCCCCAUGGAGAAUGGGUUCAAAAAGGCUGCUCCUACUGCAGAUGUGGAUAUGGAGUGUUACACUGCUUUCCUCAGGUCUUUCAUAGUGACUGUGACGAUUCCCAGGAAGUGCGCUGGUUUCGUUCGAACGCCCAAAGAACACUAUUGACCCACAGUCUCCUGUGUCUGGCGCUUCUUCUUUCAUUUCUGCUUUGAAGACGACUCCAGGAAUUGCUCUGAUAUUCCAGUCAGUCUUUUGGGCUCUGAUGUUUUCAAGCAAGAGGGAUGAGAGACAGGCUUAGCAAGAAGAAAGAAGUUUUAUUAAUGUAUCUCUUUUUGUUGUUGUUUUAUGCAGCAUUUAAUGGCAGCACUGAUUUAUUUUUAUUAUUUUUUCCAUCCAAUGGAAGCUAAGUGUCUAGCUGUGUUAAAUAUGACUGUUUUAAUGUGAAGGACCAUGUAUAAAGGAUUUAUAUAGAAAAUAUUUGUCAAUGUGGAUUGUGCCCAUAGAGCUGUAUAUGUGUGAUACGUUUUUUUUAUAUAUAUGAAUUAAUGUAACCAGCCAGUGAAUGUCCUUUAAAGAAGUCUUGUACUUCUAUAGAGUUGUUUGUUUGGCACCACUCUUCAUUGGGAGAGAGUACGAUAACGCCAAGAUAACCUCAGAUUGUUGACCUUUCCAUUUUUUUUCACCUUAUCUUACACAAACAAUUGCUCAGGCCAAUCAGUCACACUGGCUGAGUUGAUCUGAUAGAUCAUGGAAGGGAUGUACUGUAUUUGACUGUCACUGAAGCAAUUAAAUUGUCUCAGUAACGCACAUGACUGAUUAUUUACUGGUCUUAAUUUAGCCGGUAAAACCACAACAGCAUAAUUUAUCCUGGGCAUGAAUUAAAGUUUUACAGUGUGGGCAAAUAAAAAUGCAAUGUGCAAUAAAGAAAUGGAAUAUAACUGUG